AUGAGCUCCGAUGAAGAUAGUGAUAACAGAAGUCAGCCUAGCACGUCAAGUGAAAAUUCAAGAGAAAAGGAUUUUACCUUCUCGGAUGAUGAAGGAGUUAGCGCAGAUAUUGGAACGAGCAGUGAAGGAUGUGAUGCUGGUGCGACGGGAUGUGAAAGGAAAGACGAGGACGAAGAUAAUUCCGAUGAAGAAGUAAUCAGCGCAAAAACGAGCGACGAGGUUAGCGGCGCGGCAGCAAUGGUGGAUGAGUCGAAAGAUGGAAACGAAGAAUGUUCUGACGAUGACUUCAUCAUAUUUCAAGACGAAGGACCGUUUGCUAUUUGUUUGAAGCUAAACACCGCUUUGGAAAAUUUAGGACUUUCAAAUGCGGGAUGUUUUAAGGAGUGUGGUGGUAGAAAAUAA